GAGGGGUGUGGUGUUGCCAGGAAAACGCCAUUAUCCCGCCCCAGAUAGCAAGGUCCGUUUAAACUGUAAUCCAGGACCAGCGUCCAGUUCAAAUCCUAAGAUUAACCAGCAUAACAGAAGCUACAAGACUGGUCUCAGAUCAGACUAAAAGAAACGAUAGAUAGGCCUACCCACCAGUCAUUUAGAUUUACAGGACCCCGACUACUGCACAUCGACCUGAUAAAGCAGGGAAAACUGCCAUUCUGUUGAAGAACCGUCUUUAUAACAUUUAUUCGAGGAAGAUAUUUCGGAUAUUUCAGCUCUCGUGUGAAGAUGUUCUACACUUGUGGUCCAAAUGAGGCUAUGGUGGUAUCAGGAUUCUGCCGCUCUCCUCCACUGAUGAUAUCUGGAGGCAGAGUGUUUGUAUUUCCCUGUAUCCAACAGAUCCAGAGGAUCUCUCUCAACACUUUAACUCUGAAUGUGAAGAGUGACAAAGUCUACACGCGUCAUGGAGUGCCUAUCUCUGUUACUGGCAUUGCUCAGAUGAAGAUUCAAGGGCAAAAUAAGCAGAUGUUAGCAGCAGCAUGUCAGAUGUUCAUGGGGAAAUCUGAAGCAGAGAUUGCACAGAUCGCCCUGGAAACUCUGGAGGGCCAUCAGCGAGCUAUCAUUGCCCAUUUGACUGUGGAGGAAAUCUAUAAAGAUCGUAAGAAGUUUUCCGAGCAAGUGUUCAAGGUGGCCUCGUCUGACCUUGUCAACAUGGGCAUCAGUGUGGUCAGCUACACGCUCAAAGACGUUCACGAUGAUCAGGAUUACCUGCACUCUCUGGGAAAAGCUCGUACAGCUCAGGUGCAGAAGGAUGCCCGUAUUGGAGAGGCUUUAAACAAAAGAGACGCUGUUAUCAGGGAGGCUCAUGCAUUGCAGGAGAAGGUGUCUGCUCAGUACAUGAAUGAGAUACAGAUGGCUAAGGCUCAGAGAGACUUUGAGCUGAAGAAAGCUGCCUAUGACAUUGAGGUCAACACAAAAAAAGCAGAAUCUGAAAUGGCUUACCAGCUUCAGGUGGCUAAGACAAAGCAGCGUAUUGAGGAAGAGAAAAUGCAAGUGCAGGUGGUGGAGCGUACCCAGCAGAUCACCCUUCAGGAGCAGGAGAUCACACGCAGAGAGAAGGAGCUGGAGGCCAAGGUCAAGAAACCAGCCGAGGCUGAGAGAUACCGCCUGGAGAAGCUGGCAGAAGCCGAACGUCUUCAGCUCAUCAUGGAGGCAGAGGCUGAGGCAGAGUCCAUUAGAGUGAGAGGAGAGGCUGAGGCAUUUGCUGUGGAGGCUAAAGGGCGUGCCGAGGCAGAGCAGAUGGCAAAGAAGGCUGAAGCCUUCCAGCAGUAUAAGGAGGGAGCCAUGGUGGAUAUGCUAUUGGAAAAACUGCCACAGGUGGCAGAGGAGAUCAGCAAGCCUCUGUCAGCUGCCAAUAAGGUUACCAUGGUUUCAAGUGGUGGCUCAGAAGUGGGUGCGGCCAAGUUGACUGGUGAAGUACUGGAUAUCAUGACCAGGCUUCCGGAGACCAUUGAAAAAUUGACAGGAGUCAACAUCUCUCAGGUGGCCCGAACUGGCUAAACGCCGACACUGUGUUGACACCUUCAGCCUUCAGAUCCGCAUUUGUCAAUCUUUUCCUCUUAAUUUUUGUCUUUCCUAAUGUCUCUCUAUUACCACAUCGUGUGUUCAGUCCUGUUAUUCCCCUCUUUAUUUCAUCUUACUUGUCAUAUCUUUCUUCUCCAUCACUGCCUGUUAACUUGCCUUGCUGCUGAGCCCAAAAUGUUCAGUAAAUUGUAACAUGCCAGUGCAGUGUAAGUAGUGAAACAGCUAUUUAAGGAAGUUGCAGUUUAGUGACCAAAUCCAAAGUAUGAAGCCUUUAAUCAAAGUUACCAAGAUGCUGUUUCUUCACAAUCAUGAGUCUAUCUGUAUCUAUCUGUAUAAGCUCAUACUGUUACCUUAUUGCCUUGUAUCGAUAUUUGUCCUUAAAUUUGUAAUUGUGAUUGUAUCAUAUAUCUUGAUACCCCUUAACAAUAAGACUUCUGUUGCAUGACGCUUGUAUUCAAAGGUAAAUAAUACAGAAUUUUUGGUACCUAAUUAUCUGAAUAUGGCACAUCUCUCUUAUGUCUCUUAUAUUAGUAAUUGUACCAGUUCCAAUGCCAGUUUUUGCAAAGUGUUCUUAGUAGUGAUUUCAUAACUAAAAAAAUACAAAGACAGGAUGUCUAGUCAAGCUAUUUGUCAUGGGCCAGUAUUUUAUGUAUUUUUAUAUAAACAACUGUGUGCUUGUUAGCAAUACUUUCUUUUACACUUCAGAAAUUAAUUGAUAAUUAAUUGAUCAAAUGGUUUUAAAUAAUUUACACUUGAUUUGGAAGCCCAAUAUAAAUUAAAUUAUUGGGUUGCCCCAAAGUGCACACUUGCAGUUAGUGGUUUUGCUUAAGUGUACACUAGCUUGACUUAUUUUUGAAGUCAUUAGAAGUGCGCAAGCCAUAAGUAUACGGACAUUCUCAAAAUGUUAACCCUCUACUGCCCACAUUAUGAAAGCAAAAUAUGUCAGGUUUUCUUGCAUGAAAUAAUCCUAAAUAUUAACAUUGAAAACAAAACAAAAAAAAUGUAUUCGGCAUCCUUUUGGAGUAUGUUGCUUUGAGGCAACAUUGUAUGCCAGUAGAAAAAAAGGAAGAAGUCAUAUGAAAUUAAUUUUAUUUAAUGUUAAUAUUUGGAAUGAAAUUAUGUAGUUAUAUGAUUACUUGAUCCUUAAAUACUAAAAACACAAAAAAAGACUAAUUCUACUAAGUUAUUUUUAAAGAAACCAUGUUAUUAUGAUGCAACUUCAUUAAGCCAUGUUUUAAAUUCUUGCAAACAAUCAUGUAAAACAACGGAUAACUAGAAAAAUGCUGAGUGUUGCAUGACAGAUUUGACUGUUAUGGGCUGCUAGCAACUAAUAUUGCAUAAGUUAGAUUUAAAAAAAAAAACAAACAAACAUUAUUCUAAAAAAAAGAAAAAAAAACAAUUCUAGAAGAAAAAUAAAUCCUAACUGCAGUGAUCUUUCAAGUGAUGUAAAAAAAGUGACACUUGUUACACUAUCCAUUUCAGUGCGUUUACAUGCACUUCAGUUAUCAGAUAAUGGGGAAUCACCGCGUCUUCAUGAGUCAGGCAGUAUUUGGAUUUCUGCUUUGCAACCAGCUAGGAUAACACGUGAUGUAAACGUAACAUAAAAAUCUUCAUCAUUCCACUUCACAUCACAAACCUUGAGUCACGUUCACAGAAAAUAUGAUAUCAUCUAGAAGAUGAAGAAUAUUUAAAUUCGUCAUUUUGUGAAGCAUGUAGUUGUUUUAAGCGUUGCUCCAAAAGUGUUUUGUUGCCAUCUUGCAGGUGCUAUGUUAAACGCUACUUGCUUUUUCCAGUACUGUGGUCUUGUGUUCGCACAUGUGCGAACUGAGAAAACGAAGGAAAUCAGAGUAAGAAUAUACAUGCGCCAACAAGUUGAUUACUGAGCUAAAAUCCAGCUCUCUCUAUCAGUUUUCUAGGCGUUACUCCUAGAAAUCUAGGAAAUCAGUGUAUGCUGUUACGACAGGAUUAUGAAGUGCACGUAAAUGCAGUGUUGCUUAUAGAUAAAUAUUUAACUUAUUUAAUUGCUCAUAACCAAAUCAUUUAAAUGAUACAGAAUGUUAAAAGCAAAUGUGAAUGAUAUUUUUGGGUGGAAAUAAAAAAGAUGAAAAAUUGUUUUUCUGAAAAAGCUCUGAGCUGACAAUGUAUGCAUCCACAUAGGCUACUAGAGAUUUUUAAAUGCCCACCAGAAGACAGUUUGACCUAGUGUAAAUGUCUUAUUGGUUUAUUUAGCCUUUUUUUCAUUAUUAACCAUUUUAUUCUCAUUACAGAUGAACAUGCACACAAGUACAUGAAACUGCAAGUAUGAACUUUGGGAAUUGCCAAAUUUUUCAGGAGCUGGCUGCUGUAAACUUUGCAACAAGCAAGCAUAAAUAUUCCGCUAUAUGGUUGUCAUUUUGCUGAAUCUGAAGUAGGUGUUUUGUUGUUGCUAGGUUUUACAUCAGAUGAUUAGCAAGCAAAUUAUUACUAACGUUGGCCCUAUCAUCAAGAGAUUGCGAGCUCGAUCCCCGCUGAUGCUACAGCCAUCUGUGGCCGGGACCCCGAGAGAGCACAAUUGGCCUUGCUCUCCUUUGGUGUGUAGGAUGGCCCUCCCUCUCCCCCCAUCACUCAGCGCAGUGCUAGCCAGCGGAAGCUUCUUUUAGCUGACGUAACAGAACUGGCAGUUAGCGUUCUCCUCCAAGCACAUUCAGCUGUCUAAGUAAAUAUAAAACACAUGUUUCUCCCUAAUCAAUAAAUGCACUUGAAGCACCAUUAUAGAAGUGCAGCAUAGUCAUCCAUGUUAGCCUAUGAUAAAAAUUGUGUGCUGAAUAUAUCCAUUUCACUGAGUGUUAUAAAUAUAUAUAAAUCACAAAUAAACAUGAUAAAUACUGAUAUCUUGGUUGAUCCAUACUGCAGUGUAUGUGUAAUAUAUUUUAACAAAAUAAUAGUUUACAGUAUAUUUUUCUCUUUAUUCUGGAACUACUUUCCAUGUCCAUGCCUAUACUAACCCAAAUCAUUCCUUGCAUGAACUUAACCCUAACUUGUUUAAGCCGCCUCAGAAUUACUGGAGUACUUGUACUCAAUUACAGACUUUUUAACCCUUACACUUUCAUUUAGACCUUAAAAGCACUCAUAACAAAUACUAAAGACCAUGAGAUUUUUCUUUUGUAGUUCCCAUGUACUUGAAUUUGUUUUUACUGAAACAUCCAACUAAAUUCAUAACAUUGUAAGAUGCAAGUGUGCACAACUAUGCUAAUUAGUUUUACUGCCCCUUAGACCCUUUGCAACACACCCCAUAGUAAAGAAAACUUUUAAUUUAUCUUUUAAGGGAUUUACUUUUUACUUUUACAUACUUCCACUCAAGUACGUUUUUUGGUUGGGGCAAGUUACAUGAACAUGAACUAAACUGUGCUGUAAAGUAGAUCUUCAGGAGGAGGGCUGGUUAUCACUGUAUAUCACUACAUACCUGAAUUAUAUAAUAAUAAAAUGAGAAUACAUCUCGA